AUGUCCAACAAGCCCAUCUUCGUGGCCACCCACCCUAGAGCAUGCUCGACGGCAUUCGAGCGAGUCUUCAUGACUCAGCGGGACACCCUGCAAUGCGUCCAUGAGCCUUUUGGCGAUGCCUUUUACUUCGGUCCCGAGAGACUGAGCGACAGAUACGAGGAAGACCACAAGGCCCGCGCUGAAAGCGGCUUUGAGAACUCGACAUACAAGACCAUCUUCGACAACAUCAUGAAGGAGAACGAAGAGGUGUGCAUCCCUUACAGCGCUGGGAGGCAGGUAAACGCAUCUUCAUCAAGGACAUCACCCACUACCUGUCCCCCCCCUGAUGGCAAGCCGGCAUCCAUUGCUCCCUCAUUGAUGCAAGUCAAGCGUGGCGUCGGCACCAAUGGUAGCAACCCCUUGACAGACAUUGCCAAUGGUACCAAUGGCACCAAUGGCACCAAUGGUUCAAGCACCAACGGUGUGGCCGAAAACUCUCCUCCCUAUCCAUAUGCCACAGAAGCCGAACCUGGAAACCCCACCGUUGUGCCGACCGACAUCUUGAACAAGUUCCAUUUCGCCUUCCUUAUCCGCCAUCCCAAGCACAGCAUUCCCAGCUACUGGAGAUGCACUAUCCCCCCGCUCGACGCCAUCACUGGCUUUUACAACUUCAUGCCUUCCGAGGCUGGAUACGACGAGCAGCGUCGCCUGUUCGACUACCUCCGUUCUUGUGGCCAGAUUGGGCCCAAGCUUGCAGGCCAGGACGGCGAGCAAAAGAGUGGAAAUGUAGACAUCUGUGUCAUUGACGCUGAUGACCUUCUGGACAACCCAUCGGCCAUCCUUGAGCAGUUCUGCAAGAGCGUUGGCAUUGAGUACUCUCCCAGCAUGCUGAACUGGGACAACGAAGAGGACCACGUUCAGGCCAAGGAAGCAUUCGAGAAGUGGAAGGGCUUCCACGAGGACGCCAUCAACUCGACUGAGCUCAAGCCCAGAACUCACAAGAAGGCCGAGAAGAGCGACGAACAGCUUUUCGCUGAGUGGACUGAGAAGUACGGCGAGGAGGCUGCCAAAAUCAUCCAACAGACUGUUGCAGACAACGUCAAGGACUACGAGCACAUGAAGCAGUUCGCCAUCAAGGUAUAA